AUGGCCGGCAAGAAGGGGGAACCCAAAGGGAAGGCGGGCAAAGGGAAAGGGAAGGAUGGCAAGAAGGGCAAGAAGGAGGAUCCCAACGAGUCAGAGGAUGCCUCAGAUGCGGAGCUGCUGAAGGCAGAGGAGAGAGUGGCAAAGAAACUGGGCCGUGGGAAGAAGGUGCAGCAGGAGACGGAGGAAGAAGAGGGUGAGAGUGAUGCUGCAACAACCAAGAAGAUGAAGGGCACCUCCAAGCUGGUGAUGGGGCUGGCAACCGACAAGAAGAAGAAAGGGGCCAAGGGUGCAGAGGCCAAGGGCCAGCCCAAAGAAUCUGUGGAAGCCAGCCCGGCCGAGGAGGAGGCGGCAGCGCCUCCGAAGGCCCGGGCAAAGCGGAGCCUCCGCAGCACCUCGAAGCUCUUCCUGGGCUUCAAGAACCUGGGCUUGCGUCGGCCCAAGAAGGGGCAGUUCAAGAACACAUCCCGCUUCUUCUGGGGGCUGCAUAAGCACAGCACCAAGAAGAGGAAGAAGAAGAAGAACAAAGCGGUGCUCAAGUCCACAUCCAACCUGAUGAUGCGCUUCAAGGAGGUGGGCAAGAAGAGGAAGGAGGAGGCCAAGAAGGGGAAGGAGGAGGCCAAGAAGGAGCCACCAUCGAAGCCAUCCUUCCUGCUGCUGCGGCGGGGCGGGCAGGACCCCGAGGACGGCGCAUCGCUCUUCCGCCGGCGCCCGGAAAGGAAAUUCAAGCCCCGGGCGCAGGUGCUGAGCAAGGCGGCCGCUGCCACGGGCUGGCUGGCCAGGAAGGUGCUGUCCCGGCGCGGGCGGCUGGUGGGAGGCAGCCGGGCGACUGACACGGCCUGGCUGUCCCGUAUCGGUGCCAAGAAGCUGCCGUUCCCUGCGGAAGACGAGAUCCUCAGGCACCGGGCCAACAUGAAGCGGAUCCCUGGCGGUGUCGGGGUGUCGGCUGCCGGCACUUCGCGGCAGGGCAGCAUGGUGAGGCGGCCAUCCCGGCGGCGCUCCCAGCGUGCGGCUGCGGAGCCGCCGGGGCCGCCGGUGCCGCCGGGACCGCGAUACGGCUGGGCCGAGGAGGAGAACGGUGCCUACGGCCGCCGGCGAGGCUACGGCAAGGAGGAUGGGGCCUACGGCUCCCGCCGUGGAUAUGCCAGGAAGGAAGAUGGAGCCUAUGUGCCCUGGCACAACCGACCCAAGGAGGAAGAUGGAGGGUACGGCUCCCACCAUGGCUAUGCUGAGGAGGAUGGAGCCUAUGGCCCGUGGCAUGGCUACAGCGGUGAGGAGGAUGCAGCCUAUGGCUCCCGGCACAACUACUCCGAGGAGGAGGAAGGCUACAUGCAGAGCCCAGCCUACCCAGCAGGGUACAGCUUCGAGGAUGAGGUGCUGACCCCCUACUCUGACUACCCUGGCUAUGAGACAGAUGAGGAGUAUGAUUCCUACGGGGGAUUUUGGGAGGAUGGUGACCAGCUAGGGCACCCCUACAGCUACUCAGAGCUCGAGGAUGAGGGACAGUUUGGUGGUGGGUCUCCCCUCAGCCUGUACGACCCGUACAGCAGCGACCCGGAGUACGGUGAGGAGGCAGCGGGGCCCUUCGGCUAUAGGAGGGACCCCUACGAGGACUUUGGGGAGCCCUUUGCCGGGGGAUACCCUGGGGGCGAGUACCCCGAGCAUCGCAUCCAGUACAGCGAGGGUGGGUGGGCACCGCACGCCCAAUCCUCCUGCAACCCCUACGCCCUGGGCCUGGAGGAGAUCGCUGAGGGCGAGGAGCCCGAGGAGUGGGAAGAAGAGGAGGAAGAGGAGAAGGAGUAUCCCUUUUCCAUCCUGAGCUCCUCCUCCCUCCGGGGCAUGCGGGAGACGCUCUCCUCCAAGCUCUCCCUCAACAGGAAAUUCAGGCUCUUCCCCCGACCCCAGGUCAAGCUUUUUGGCAGGGACCGCCUGGACGUCCCCCUCCCGCCGUCCCCCCACCUGCCCGCUGCCCGUGACGAGGACGACUACGACGAGUACGAGCCGCCGCCGCCUCCGGCAGCUCCCGGCCCCGCGGCAUCCCCGGGCCGCCGGGUUUCGCCAGCGCGGGCGUGCGGGAGCCCCCUGGGGCAGUUCCUCCAGCGAUCCCUCUCGAUUCCUCCCAGCCGCCCUCCGCGAGGUGCCGGGGGAUUUCGGGGGUCCCGCACCCCCCAGCCCUCCUACAGGCGCUCCAGCCGAAGGCUGGCGGGGACGGAGAGCGCCGGUUUGGGGGGCCAGGACUCUUCCCCUCCCUGGGGACAGCCCCCUCCCCGGGAGCCGGGGGCUGCUCGCCGCCCGUCGCUCCGUAACCCCUUCGCCAACCCCGGGCGCUCCCCGUCGCCGCCUCCCGUCCGUCCGCGCCCCGGUAGCACGCGGGGCGAGGGGCCACGGCGAUCCCCCUCCCUCGGUGCCAGCCUCCGGCGCUUCGGCCCCGAGCCCCCCGCCCCGCCACCGACCGCCCCUCGCUCACCGGGACCGGGGGGGAGGCGCCUGGGGGGGCCCGCGGCGGGGAGACCUCUGUCAUCGCGCCGGAGCAGCCCCCCCGGGCUGCCGCUCCCCCAGGCUUGGCCCCGGCUUCCCGAGCCCCCCACCAAGGCGGUGAAGCCGCUGCAGAGGACCCCAUUCCUGGCACCAUCGUCCCGCCCCGGCAGCCGCCGCCUCGGCCCCCCCGGACCCUCCUGGGAUGAGGAGCUGCCCCACUGGCAGGGCUCCCCGCGGGGUCCCGCCGGGGUGCCCCCUCCGCCCAGUUCCGCUCCCAGCACCCCUAAAAGUUUCAUCCAGCGCAUCGGGCAGCCCCUUGCCGGGAUGGCCCCGCACUCCCCACCACCGAGGCCAUCUGCUGAAGUGGGGGGCCGCAGCCUCUCCAAGGGGCGCUCCGUGGCGCAGUCCCUGGCCUCGCUGCUCGUAAGGAGCAUUGGCCCCACCAAAACCCCCUCCUCCUCACCACCCACCCGCCAUCCCUCCACUCGCUCGCCCUCCUUGCCCAGGCGCCCAUCCCGGCGGGACGGGAGCACCCGCAGGUCUCCGAGCCCACCCUCGGGCCGUCGGGGCUGGGCCGACGUCGGGCGCCCCAUCCUCCCUUCCAACCCACGUGGCAACCGGAGCCCCUCACCGCCCCGUCGUGCGGCUUUCCCCCCACCCCACGGGCGAGCCCCCGGCUCUCCGGCCGUCACUCGCCACGGCGCUCGUCCCCCGGGGCCGGCGGAGCCCAUCGAGGGUGACGGGGCGGCCGGGGAGGAGGGCGCGGGGCGCUACGCGGUGGUGACGCCGCAGGUGCAGAGGUUGGGCUCCUUCCGGCGCGCAUCCCGCAUGUACAAGCAGCACUGGUCCACGCAGCACGUCGUGCGGGUGCGGGAGAUGCCCGACGCCUGGACAACCGAGCAGGGUCUCCCCCAGCAGCCCACCCAGCGCGGCCGGCGGUGGGCGGGCCAGUGGGGAGCCGACAUCGCCCGAUACCUGUGCCAGCGCUCGCCGGCGGGCGGCUGGCGGGACAGGCACCCCUGGGCAGACGGGUACCUGGGCAGCAAGCAGCCCUGGCGCAGCAAGAUGCAGUCACUGUGCAGCCUGCCCAUCGUGCGGUACCAGGAGCCACAGGAGGAGGAUGGGCUGGAGGACAUGACCCAGCUGGAGGACCUCCAGGAGGCUGCAGUGCUGAACAACAUCCGGACACGCUUCGAGCGCCAGCUCAUCUACACCUACAUCGGCAGCAUCCUGGUGUCAGUGAACCCGUACCGGCUCUACAACAUCUACGGGAAGGAGCAGGUGCUGCAGUACGAAGGCAGAGCCCUGGGUGAAAACCCGCCGCACCUCUUUGCCAUCGCGAACGUCGCCUACUCCAAAGUGAUGGAUGCCAAACACAACCAGUGUAUCGUCAUCAGUGGGGAGAGUGGAUCAGGGAAGACCGAAGCCACCAAGCUGAUCCUGAGCUACCUGGCAGCCGUCAGCCAGAAACGCAGCACUGCCCCACAGAUCGAGAUCCUGGAGGCGACCCCUUUGCUGGAAUCCUUCGGCAACGCCAAAACCGUGAGGAAUGACAAUUCCAGCAGGUUUGGGAAAUUUGUGGAAAUCUUUCUGGAGGACGGUUUGAUCUGCGGUGCCAUAACCUCGCAGUACCUGCUGGAGAAGUCCCGCGUGGUCUUCCAGGCCCAGAGUGAGCGUAAUUACCACAUUUUCUACGAGAUGCUGGCGGGGCUGCCGUCCCAGCAGCGGCAGCGGUACUGCCUGCAGGGCGCUGAGACCUACUACUACCUGAACCAGGGUGGGAACUGCGAGAUUCCUGGCAAGGACGACGCUGAGGAUUUCCGCCGGCUGCUCAACACCAUGGAGGUGCUGAACUUCAGCGUGGAUGAGCAGAACAGCAUCUUCCGCAUCCUCUCCUCCGUCCUCCACCUGGGCAACGUCUACUUUGAGAAAUACGAGACCGACUGCCAGGAGGUGGCCACGGUGGUGAGUGCCACGGAGAUCCGGACGGUGGCUGAGCUGCUGCAGGUGUCCCCUGAGGGCCUGCAGAAAGCCAUCACCUUCAAGGUGACGGAAACGCAGCGGGAGAAGAUUUUUACCCCUCUGACUGUUGAAAGCGCUGUGGAUGCCAGGGAUGCCAUUUCCAAGACCCUCUACUCCCUGCUCUUCAGCUGGCUCACGGACCGCAUCAACAAGCUGGUGUACCCGCGGCAGGAGGCCCUCUCCAUCGCCAUCCUGGACAUCUACGGCUUCGAGGACCUCACCUUCAACAGCUUUGAGCAACUGUGCAUCAACUACGCCAAUGAGUACCUGCAGUUCUUCUUCAACAGGAUUGUGUUCCAGGAGGAGCAGGAGGAGUAUAUCCGGGAGCAGAUCGAGUGGAAGGAGAUCCCCUUCAGUGACAACCAGCCCUGCAUUGACCUCAUCUCCCAAAAACCCUACGGCAUCCUCCGAAUCCUGGAUGACCAGAGCUGCUUUCCACAGGCCACUGAUCACACAUUCCUCCAGAAGUGUCACUACCACCAUGGGACAAACCCACUAUACACAAAGCCGAAGAUGCCUCUGCCCGAGUUCACCAUCAAGCACUAUGCAGGGAAGGUGACCUACCAGGUUCACAAGUUUUUGGAUAAAAACUAUGACCAGGUCCGUCAAGAUGUGCUGGACCUGUUCAUUAGCAGCAGGACUAAGGUGGUGGCCAACCUCUUCUUCGGCCACGCCCAGGUGAUGGCCCGGCAGAGGAGCCUCAUCAGGAGGAGCAGCACCAGAACACGGCGGUACAAGGCUCCUACCGUGGCUGCACGGUUCCAGCAGUCGCUCCUGGAGCUGGUGGAGAGGAUGGAGAGGUGCAACCCCUUCUUUGUGCGCUGCAUCAAACCCAACAACAAGAAGGAGCCGGGGCUCUUCGAGGCCGACGUGGUCAGGACACAGCUGCGGUACUCGGGGAUCCUGGAGACCAUCCGCAUCCGCAAGGAGGGCUUCCCCAUCCGCAUCCCCUUCCUCGUCUUCAUCGACAGGUAUCGCUGCCUCGUUGAUAUGUGGUCCAAUGUCAUUCCCAAUGGGGCCAACUGUGUGGAGAUGCUGAGGAGCCUCUGCCCCGUUAACCCCAGCAUGUACUAUGUUGGUGUCACCAAGCUCUUCCUGAAGGAGCAGCUGUACCAGGCGCUGGAGAGCAAGCGAUGCCGUGCCCAUCACCUGGCCGCGCUCACGCUGCAGCGCUACGCUCGCACGUUCUUCAUCAAGCGGCGCUUCCGCUCCCUGCGCCGCAAGAUCGUCCUCCUGCAGAGCCGGGCGCGGGGAUACCUGGCCAGGCAGAGGUACCGGCGCAUGCGGCACACGCUCAUCAAGUUCAGGUCGCUGGUGCACAUCUACGUGAACCGCCGGAGGUACCUCAAGGUGAGCUGGGGUCCAGGGACACGCUGCCACCCUGCUGGACCGGCACACAGCAUCCCUGUGCUGCGGCGGCAGGAGCUGACGCGGAGGGAGGUGGUGGAUGUCACCCACCUGGAGAUCCCGGCCGAGCUGAUGGGGCUGCUGGAGGCCGCUGCAGCCGCUCGGGAGGUGAAUGCCGGCUGCGUGGUGCUGGUGCCGCCGCCGGCGCUGCAGCCCGACCCCCAGCUCACCCUCCCGCUCGACAUCAACGACUACCCCAUGGCCAAGUACGUGCGGGGCCACUUCCAGGAACCGGCAUUUGGGAUGCUGACGGCCCCACUGAAAGCCCCCCUCACCCGGCUGGAUGAGGAGCUGUGCCACGAGGCUCUCAGCCUCUUCCAGCUGAUCCUGCGGUUCAUGGGGGACCCGGGGCUGGGCGGCUCACAGGAGACCCUCUUUGGCAACUACAUCGUGCAGAAGGGGCUGUCAGUGCCAGGGCUGCGGGACGAGCUCCUGGCACAAGCUGCCAACCAGGUCUGGCGGAACACCAACGUCAACAACGAGGAGCGGGGCUGGCUGCUGCUGGCCACCUGCCUCAGCGCCUUCCCCCCGUCCGCCGCCUUCGACAAGUACCUGCUCAAGUUUGUGUCUGACUAUGCCUUUGCUGGCUACAAGCCCGUGUGCCAGCGCAAGCUGAUGCACGCCAUGGCUCGCUCCCAGCUGGGCACUGCGGCCGCCCGCACCUUCCCCCCCUCGCUGCUGGAGUGGACGGCGAACCGGCGGCAGGCCAGCAUGGCCCUCGACCUGCACUGCUUCAACGGUGACCAAUUCUCCUGCCCCAUCCACUCCUGGAGCACAGGCGAGGAUCUGGCGGGGGAUGUCCUGAAGCUCAGAGGGCUGGCAGAGGGCUGGCGUGGCUGGACCGUGGCUAUGAAGGCGGGUGCCCAGUGGGCUGAGCUGGCUGGGCACGACUAUGUCCUGGACCUUGUCUCCGACCUGGAGCUGCUGCGGGGCUUCCCCAGACAGAAAUCCUGCUUCCUCAUCGCAUGGGAUGGGACUGAGAGCCACAGCAGGGACAGCCGGCCGGUGCUGGGACACGGAUUUGAUUUGGAUGAAGUGCCUCCACCCCCAGCUGUGAAAGCCCCCACACUGCCCUCCAUGGAGGCGUAUCACCCCCAUGAUGGGGAAUCUGGGGAGCCACGCAGCCAGAAGGGUCUGGAUCGGUACCUGGACAGUCUCUUUGACCCCGUGCUCUCCUACGGCAAUGGGGAGCUGGAGAAGCCAUCCAUCCUCUCGCAGAGGCUGAAGGGAGGAGGUGGCGUGGGAGGGGGGGACAGUGGCACUGAUGCCAACCAGAGCGAGCCUCCCGUGGCUGCGGAGACACGUCAGCCGAGGGCAGCCGUGGCCAAGCGGUGGCCGGGAGAGCCAGUGCGGCAUUCCCGGCUCAACUCGGAGCAUUUCCCGCGGCCCACGCACGACAUCCGCAACAUCAUCCGGCAGUGCCAGCCAGCCCCGCGCAGCUCCCAGCCCCACAGCAAGCUCUUUGGGAAGAAGCUGGACCCCCAUGAGGAAGCCAUGCAGAUCCUGAAGGAGCAGCUCUCAGCAGCCCGGGUGCCAUCAGCUGUGGGGCCCAAGGAGGUGGUGGCUGCAGUGAAGCCGGUGCCAAGUGCCAGGUACCAGCUGCGAACACCCCCAGGACGUCCUGCAGCCACACGGCCCCCAGUCUUUGUCUCACGGGAGCUCCCGUCCGAGACGCAGCAGGUCCAGACCCAGCUGCACCGCAGCUGCAGCGAGGACUUCUACACCUACCACAACGUGCCCUGGAAAAUAUUCAUCCGGAAGGAGGUUUUCUACCCCAAGGACAGCAUCAACAACCCACUGCUGCUCGACCUCAUCUUCCGGCAGAUCUUCAAUGAUGUGCUGUCUGACACCUGCAUCAGGAUCAGCCAGGAGGAGCGGCUCCGUCUGAAAUCCCUCUUUGCGGAAAACAAACUGGACUCCUUCAGCCCCGUGGCCACCGAGAAUGUCAAGAGGGAGAUUAUUGCCGCAGCCCGGGAUGGCUGCGAGGUUUAUUUCUCCCGCCUCUUCCCUGCCACGGGCAGCGUGGGGACAGGUGUGCAGAUCCUUGCCGUGUCCCACACUGGCAUCAAGCUGCUGCGGGUGGUGAAGGGCACCAAUGUCUCCGGGGAGCAGCUGCGGGUGCUGCGUGCCUACAGCUACCCCGACGUGCUCUUCGUGGCCACCCCAUCCAGGAACAUGCUGGAAUUCAACCUGCGCAGCGAGAAGCUCAUCCUCUUCUCCCCCAAAGCCCCCCAGGUCAAGGUCAUGGUCGACCACUUCAUCACAGAGCUCAGGAAGGACUCCCAGUAUGUGGUGGCCGUGAGGAACUACAGCCCGGAGGACAGGGGCCAGCUCAGCUUCCACAAAGGGGACAUCAUCCACCUGCAGUCACUGGAGCACCCUGAGAGAGACCACUACUACGGCUGUGUGGUCCGCAAGAAGGUGAUGUACCUGGAGGAGCUGAAGACAGACACCCAGGAUUUUGGGUGGAAGUUUGGGGCCAUCCAUGGCAGGUCAGGGCUCUUCCCUGCCGAGUUCGUCCAGCCCGUGGCGGCGCCCGACUUCGUCCAUUUGCCUGCGGAGAGAAAAGAGGAGCCCAGGGACAAGCAGGGCAAAGUGGCAGCUUCGGCAACCGUGGCUGUGGCCGUGGCCUCCACUGCUGCUGCCCAGGAGCUGGACAGGAAAACCGAGGUGGGUCCUGGCCCUGGGCGGGACUCCCGUGGGAUGAAGGUGCCAAGUGUGCUGGAGAUGCUGACGUUCACCAAGAUUCCUAUUCAGGAGUCACUCAUUGAAUUUGUGGAUGGUGGCCUCAACAAAUUGGCUGCUGAAGUUUUCCAAGCUGUGAUGAAGUUCAUGGGUGACCACCCCCUGCGGGGUCAGACAGAGCUGGACGCCGUCUGCACCAUCCUCAAGCUGUGUGCAGAGCACGAGGUCCUGCGGGAUGAGGUGUACUGCCAGAUCAUCAAGCAGAUCACCAACAACACCAGCUCCAAGCCGGACAGCUGCCAGAGGGGCUGGAGGCUGCUCUACAUCCUCGCUGCCUACUACAAGUGCUCUGAGGUGCUCCGGCCGUUCCUCGUGGCCUUCCUGCAGGAUGCCAGCAGGCACCCGGAGCUGCCUUUCCACGGCAUCGCCAAAGCCUGCGAGCAGAACCUGAGGAAAACCCUGCAGUUCGGUGGCCGCAGCCUCUUCCCCAGCAGCAUGGAGCUCAAGGCCAUGGUGGCCGGGCGCAGCGCCAAGCGCCAGCUCUUCCUCCUGCCCGGUGGCAUCGAGAGACACCUCAAGAUCAAGACGUGCUCGGUGGCUCUGGAUGUGAUCGAGGAGCUGUGCUGUGAGAUGGGGCUGCAGAAUCCAGAGGCUUUGGAGGAAUACAUCCUCUUCGUGGUGACCGACAGAGGGCAGAGUGUGCGGCCACUGACCCGCCGGGAAUACAUCCUGGAUGUGGCUGCCGAGACGGAGCUCCAGGACACCAGCUACACCUUCUGGUGCCGCCGUGUGGUCUGGAGCCAGCCCCUCAAGUUCGACAACGAGCUCUACGUCACCGUCCACUACAACCAGGUGCUCCCUGACUACCUCAAGGGGCUGUUCACCGUCCUGCCGCCGGCGAGGCCGGGAGAGCAGCACUUCCCGCACGUGGCCAAGCUGGCCGCCCUCCAGCACCGAGCCAAGGACCGCCACCACCUCCCCACCGCGCGGGAGAUGCAGGACUACGUCCCUCCGCAGCUCUUCCGCCUGCUGAAGCCGCAGUCCUGGCUGCAGAUGGUGACCCAGCAUGUGCAGCAAGCCCAGGCACUCAGCGCCCACCAAGCCAGGGCACAGUUCCUGGGGCUGCUGAGUGCCUACCCCAUGUUCGGCUCGUCAUUCUUCUACAUCCAGAGCUGCAGCAACAACGCCAUCGUUUCGCCCUGUAUCCUGGCCAUCAACCAGAACGGCCUCAACUUCCUCAGCAAGGAGACCCACGAACUCAUCGCCAAGUUCUCGCUGAACGAGAUCCAGUCCACACGGACGCAGCGGCCGACGGCUGGAUCCAGUUAUCCCUAUGUGGAGAUCACACUGGGAGACCUCCUGGCCCAGGGCAUCACCCAGCUGCAGCUGGAGCAGGGCCUGGAGCUGUGCCGCGUGGUGGCCGCGCACAUGGAGAGGCUGCUGGGUGCCCGGGAGAAGAGGCUGACGCUGCCGCCCAGCGAGAUCACCCUGCUCUGA